ACCCGACGGCACCGAGACCGCGAAGUGUUUUUGUAAACAAACCCCCCAAAUUGAAAUCAAGGCCAAGAUUUUGAAAAAAAUCGAAAACUUUGUGGGGUAAGUUACUUUUUAAAAAUUUCCUGCAAUGUUGGGUUAGGAUUAUCACUGUUCAGUUAAACGCUACUAUAAUACCAAACUAGAGAAUUUCAAUUCAACCGGUUAGUUUUAUCAAUGAAGUAAGUUACUACUGUCAUCCGAAUUUACUACGCGAAUCCACACGCACACAGAUGCACUUCCCAGUCGACGAGACGUUCCAUCAAAAAUCGACCUAAGAAAUGAACCGCUAGUUGGGCAAACAGCGACGAACGAAGUGCACUUGUUUUCUCGCUUUGAGAGUGCGGGAGAAUAAACCCCCCGAAAGAAGUGCGAUAAGUGAAGGAAGGUAGUAAAAACAUUGGACACGUCGCGCGGGUGCUGCCUGCGAAAGAAAAGCUGAUUUCAGCAAGAUUCGCAAUCCGUUCCCGUUGUUCCGAGUGGAAGGUUGCUACCUUUUUUAGUGCUUGCAGCUGCAGUCUGAUCAGCCAGAACCUGGUUGCGAAUGGAACAUUGAGGAAAACAUCGAAACGACACGACGAGUUGGAUCGAUUCCGGGGCUGGUUAUAGGGUAUUGGCGAAUCAGCAGAAAGUGAAAUCCACCUUGGGCCGAUCAAAAUGGACGAGACCGUGAUGUUGGUGCUGUUGGUCAUUGUGAUGCUGGUGGGGUCCUACCUGGCAGGGAACAUCCCGCUGGUUGUGACACUGUCGGAGGAGAAAUUGAAGAACGUGUCGAUUUUCGGAGCAGGAUUGUUGGUCGGAACGGCCCUUACGGUGAUCAUUCCGGAGGGAAUCCGAUCGCUGUACGAUGAGAGCAAACUGGAGGCGAAAACGAUGGCCACUUCGGGAGCUCCGGAUCACAAGCACGGUGCCGACGAGCAUUCGUCUACAAUCGGUCUCUCGCUGGUGCUGGGAUUCGUGUUCAUGAUGCUGGUGGAUCAGGUAUCUUCCCGGCGGAGGGAGGGUUCCAACGAGCGCAAUUUGACCGCCACGAUCGGAUUGGUGGUCCACGCCGCGGCUGAUGGGGUUGCCCUGGGGGCAGCUGCCACUACCAGCCACUCGGAUGUCGAAAUCAUCGUAUUCCUAGCCAUUAUGUUGCACAAAGCUCCGGCAGCUUUCGGCCUUGUUAGCUUUCUGCUGCACGAAGGAAUCGAACGGCAACGGAUACGGAAGCAUUUGCUGAUCUUCUCGCUGUCGGCCCCUCUUUUGACUCUGCUGACUUUCUUCGGAAUCGGAAGUGAGCAGAAGGAAACCUUGGAGUCCCUGAAUGCAACCGGCAUUGCCAUGCUGUUUUCAGCUGGGACAUUUCUGUACGUGGCCACAGUUCAUGUUCUGCCGGAACUGACGCACAAUACGGGGCAUGGAGGACACCGGACCGGUGGACAUACCGAUUACAAUCUACUAGAGAAUGCUGCAAGUGGGAAGGUUGCUGUUCACGCUGGUGGAAGUGGUCUGAAGAACACGGAGUUGGCUCUACUCAUCCUGGGAGCUUUGAUGCCUCUAUUCCUAACCGUAGGACAUCACCACUAGUAAUUGUGAUUCACCUAGGUCAACCAGAACAUUGCCAAAUUUUUAAAGAAAAGGUGAGCAGUGUGAACGGAAUGAUGGAGUUAUUGAACUAAAAGUAGGACGCAAUUUCAUUUGACGCUGCCCGCCUCAAAGGAGGACGAAACAUUCGAAUCCGAGUUAAUUUUUAAACAGAGGAAAUCGAUUCGUUUUCGUCCUCGUGAUAUGUGAUGCAAUAACUCUGCUUUUAACUAUAGCUCAAGUUAUAUUCCAAUCCCAUUUAUUCGAUUCGCUGUGAGCGAAAACCUUUUUUAUGCCUCCGAUGACUGGGGCGUUCUGUUCAACGGCUAUCUACGUAAGUUUGUGUUUAAUUUGUCGCUAAACAGACCUUCUAAUCCGGUACAACUAUCAGCUUGCAAAGCACUCAUAAAUCGAGACAAAGUUUGCAGCAGAACUGAUAGGGGGAAAAGUAGCAAUCGCAAGUCUUCAAGGCAAUAAUUUUAUCUCACUAUCCAAACACACGCGCCUUGCGUCCCUAGCGGAUCUCUAGGAUCCGCUGUGGACCUUCGUAUCUCUACCACUAUCUAGCACUAUCAUCCUCAUGUCCCCGAACACGAACAUCUGUCAUCUGGCUAAUGCGUACCUAGCUGCUAUACUCAGUACGGAGACCGACAAAAUGAUAAGCACCCGUCGUGACGCGCGAUGUAAAUAGGUAGAUGAACGUGAGACGGGGACUAUGACUUGCCCGAGACGUGUACAAGUUUAAAACACAGAUUUAAAAGCUAUGUUGUUUAACCGUUAGGAUUAAGAGACGAACAAAACUGAAGACCCAACGAAAUUAUACUGACCACUUGAAGGACGGUGCCCGACGAUGGGUUUUUCUUUUCUUAAGGCUAUUAGAUGGAAGCAAUGCUAUUUGUUUGUUGUAGACUCGUGUACGUGUAGACUGAGCGAAUGCGUUCAAGUUAGGUAUAUUAUUAUAUUAACAAAAGAAAAACAAGAAAAUACAUUCAAUAUUGUUCGUAAGUGAA